AUGACUCGGCCUCGGGCACCACUGAUACAUUCUCGACUCAAAUCAUCAUGGCAUAAUCUUAUCCCGGGACGCCGCGGCGAGUCCGCGGUGCGCUGUUUCAGCACUAGUGGCAUCUCUGCACUCGGUUCCGGGGAGAUGGGCCCGAAGCUCACGCAUCUCGAUGCAACGGGGCGUGCGUCGAUGGUGGACGUCGCCGGGAAAGAGCCGACGCGGCGGACGGCGGUGGCGAUGGGGCGCAUCUAUAUUCCGGAGGUGGCGUACGAGCUGGUGACGGCGACGUACCCCGCAGGGCACGGGGCGCCGGGGGCUGCGCUGGAGGCGGCGAAGGCGAAGGCGCGGUCGAAGGGGGACGUGCUGACCGUCGCGCAGCUGGCGGGGAUCAUGGGCAGCAAACGCACGGCCGAUCUAAUACCGCUGUGCCACCCGCUGCAGCUGUCCCACAUCGCGGUGACGCUGCAGCCCGAAGAAGGGCAGGACCGAUCAGCUUCCGGAUCCUCAGGGGGGCGCGAAGCGUCGUGCCGGCGCGAGGUUAUCGGCGAUCCCGAUGUCGGAGCGAGCUGCCAGGCGGGCGGGGUCGCGCGGCGCACAUACAGCAUCCUGUGCCGCGCCGAGGUGGCGUGCGAGGGCAGGACGGGGGUCGAGAUGGAGGCCCUGACCGCAGUCUCGGUCGGUCUGCUGACGGUGUGGGACAUGCUCAAGGCGGUGGCGGGCAGGGAGAUGGUGAUUGGCGACGUCGCCGUCGUGCGGAAAGCGGGGGGCUCCAGCGGGGACUUUGUGCGAGAGCUAUAG